CAAACGACGACGACGACGAAGAGACCUUUGGCGGUUACACACGGCGUCCUACCGUCUUCUGGUGUGCCUACCUAUUCGGGCUACCAGCGAACCGAGCGACCAAACGAAGCUUCAGUCGACGCCGCGCACCCAAACGGUCCAGACCUGUCAGCCCGGAAGACACACGCGCAGCAACUCAACACUUUCACGAGCUACCGACCUACUAACUAAUACGGAGAUCCCGACUGUUGGCAGCGUGACACUAUACGCGCACUACAGUUCGUUUUUUUUUUACAACUCACCGCAUUUCGCGAGUUUCGUUCUUUCGUUCAUUGAAAGUUUACGCUUCUAUCCAAGUUCGAAAACUGUCCUUUGCGGAAGAGAACUACUGGACGUUGCUCGAGGACGAAUCCUUAUUCGCAUUCUUUCUGUCUCUAUCGGCAGCGAUACGAGGAUUCUCUCGCGACGUGGUACAAGCAGUGAUCUCACUCCCAGGAGUCAGCCGUGCCCGAGACUAGCUUUGCGCGGGAGGAGAAGAGCGAAGUCGAAGAACGACAGUCAAGAAAGACAGAUAAAAAGAGAAGGAGAGAGCAUACGAAAGUCUGCGAACGAGGCAGAGAGAGAGAGAGAGAGAGAGAGAGAGAGAGAGAGAAAGAGAGAGAGCGACGGAGAGGCACUAAGAAAGGGGACAGAGGAAGACAGAAGACGUGGUGGGAGUGACUCCGGGCGUUAGCAAGAGAGCGAGAGAGGCGGGUAGAGGGAAAGGAGAGAUAGAGACUCGACCAAGAGAAGGAGCGGUGGGAAUUUAUAAGGAUGUUCGCGAUAAUGCCGAUGGAGACAGAGGGGCACGGCAGGGAGUUCGGCCGGCGGCAGAAGAUGCGCGCCAAGUGCACGGUAGAGUUCGUCUGCAAGUACUGCCAGCGGCGCUUCACGAAGCCCUACAACCUCAUGAUCCACGAGCGCAGCCAUAAGGACGACGUGACCUUCACCUGCGAGGUCUGCGGAAAGACCUUCAAGCGGCAGGACAACCUCAAGCAACACAGGAGCAUACACUCUGUUCCCUACAAGGGCUCCAACGGCUACUCAAAUGGCUAUUCGAAUGGCUACUCUAGGUAUUAGAAGCCAUCCGGCCAACUACUAUCCUAAACUCCCGUAGACACGCGUUUCUCUUUCUCUAUCGAAUGCUCUAGCUACCGACCAGUUCUUCCUGAUGUCCCUCCUCUAUUAGAGCAAUCCUUCGCGUCGAUCCGACGACAUGCCAAACUUGCAAGUGAUGUCAUGUUCGCAUACGGCAAGGGAAUCGCGAUACUUCGUCGAUUUUUGUCAUCAUCCUCGCCUAUCACCCUCGCAUCUAGUUUGUCCGUCCUGCUUCUUUGAAUUUUUUCGCUUCUGUUCACCCUCCUGUAUUCCGAGCCUACACCCAGACGUCAGCCACAUCAGAGGAGUCUUCGAUUCAACUUGACACGAAGCACCGUUGCAGAACCGAGAACGAUGGAAGCUAUUUGGGAUACAGCGACACGACAGACAAUUGUAAUUUCAUCGAACUUCCUUUGUAAUUCGACUCAUUCGAACGGGUAAUAAUAUUCUUGCUAGAUACGUGCCAAGCGAUGUUUGAAAUGUUUAUGGAAUUCGCUGUUUAAGAUAUUAUUGGAUACUUGAUAUCAGCUAUGCAUAAUUCGAAAACUCCCGCACCUCUAAUGAAUACAAUAGUCAGCGGUCUGUAUAUUAAGAUACACGAAUACGAAAGAAGAUAGAUGCGACUAUGGAAUAUAACGAAAUUAUUUAUUUAAAUAUCAGUUUAGACAAAUUAUCUAAAAUCUUUUUUCUCGACGUGCUCUGUUUUAAAUAUUCAGUCUUCAAUUAGACACGUUUUAACUAUCUUGAUAAGAACUUUUCCACAAGCGUUUCACGAGCGUUAUACAAUAAAAUUGCCGACAGAACAGUUAGAGCUUCUUGUUAUGCGCAACGUCAAUGUUUCGAUCGAUGGACAAAUGACGAAGAUUCAAGAAUAAGAAGAAGAGAAAAUGAUGUUUGCACAUUAAAUCGGUCGUGCAGUUAUGAAGAAGCGAAUUGGCAGUUCAUCCAGGAAUCGAAACGAGCGAUCUACAUUCUUCCGCAUUUUCAUAACGAAAGCAUCGCAACGCUGGAUUCCACUCAGGGCUCCUCGGGCUAACGUCCUAAAUUGGACUACGUAAUAACCCACUAGCUCUAUAAGAGCGCUGGUCGGAGGAUACACUGUUCGCUUCUUCGCGUGCUACCGUGGACCACGCCCAGGCCCGAAGCGACGUCUUCCUGACCUACCACCUGGCAAUCAAACCGCGAAGCUACUCGGCUUCCCCUUCAGAAAAUCCAUAUAAUUUCGCGACGGCGAUACGACAAGUCACAUCGCCAGGAUCGCCGACACAAAAUCGUAUCUCGCGAACGUGUGCGAUUGUUGCGCAUGAAGACACGAUCGGACAACCUUGGGGCCACGUGGGGCUACAAGGUGGGUUCGCGGUGGUAUCGCUGACGCAAAUACCAGUCAGCUGAGAUCGGUUUCCAGCGGGUGAACUCUCGACGAGAUGUCUCUUCGAUUCCGACUGAGACGCGACCCAUUGAAGUAGAAGAGGAUCAACCGUUAUUAUUUCUGAGCGUCGAUCGUAUCUUUCCUUUUCUUUCUUUUUUCUGUAUCAUUUAAUUUCUCUUUUCCUUUAUUCAUACUCGUACGGAUUGCGUGAUAGGUGUAUAUGCCACUGAGAAAAA